AAAUGGGGACGCGACUGCAUCAGUCACUAUAUACUCCGGAAGCCGAAUGCCAGCAUUGCAUCGUGUUUUCGGUAUCAUUUCGCGAGGCGAGGUAGAUCGAGGCGGAAUUUUGCUCCACCUCCCGCCUCCGCACUCACUCCAGAUAGUAGCCAACGCUCUGUCAUUGUCGGAGAAGUCCCAUCAAGAUUGAAGCUUGACAUGACGUUUAUUACACUUAUUUCUGUGCUUCUACUUGCGCUGGUCGUUUCAAGCCUUCCAAUUUUGCCAGAUUCUAAGCAGACGUUGUCAGCACAAAUGCAAGAUUCUGCGCAAGCAGUUUUUUUUUUGCGUUCAUCACAUCCGGAUGGCUUCCAGCGCGACGCCCGAAUGGAUAUCGGGCCUACGUCCGCUGCUGGAGAUAAUGACUACCUUUCAUUUGAUGCAGUGCCCUACAGCCGCGUGAGCGAGGUGGCUAACGUGGCAGGUCUAGGGCCUUUUGAUCAACAGACCACCACCGUUGUCAGUUCAGGAGAUGGAGUGCCAAUUACGCAAGACCCCCCAGACCACGUCACUAAAGAUGUGAAAGCAGGCACCUUCUUGACUUCUGUGUCUACCCUGUUGCUCAUCUUCUCAUGUGCUGUUGUACUGCUUGCACUGGCUUGUGUAGGCCUUGGACUGUUUGCCAUCAAGUACUUACGUACCCAAAUCCUUUGCUCUCACAAGGCUUGGCAGAUUCUGCCCCGUGUUGAGAAGCAUGCAUUGUUGUCGUCCUACAAGGGAAAUUCAGGGUCUGGAACAGCUACGGCGGUAACGCAGGUCAUGCUGCAUGAGAAAUGCGAGGAAUCCCCGUAUUCUAGUGCUCGCGCGCCCACUCCGUUGUCAUGUGUCUCCAUCACAUCCCCUGAUGAUUUAGAAGAAGACUCCGGGGACGAGAAGUUCCACGAUGCUUUAGACACGCCGCUGUCUUUCAACGUGCAUGACCACCCGUCCCAUGAUCCAUCCUUGCGGGAUCUUCCUUUCCUACCCAUCACACCGGCACUUAGCCCUACCCCGGACGAUCGAUCCACACCUCCACAGGCGUUUGUACCCCUAGCAAUAAAUACUGAAGUCCGUGAACCACAUGCACGUCCUUCCUGGUCCCUGCGGGUGGCUACUCUUAUUCCUGCGCCUCCUUCAUCGCCGCUCAUCUAUCCCCGCAGUCGCGCAUACCGUGCUGUGCCCGAGUUUGAUAUCGCUCUGGCGAUGCAGCUCAGGCCAGGCCGCGGCGUUGGCGCUGACCCAGCGUGGAUGGUGCGCUUUUUAAUGGCUAUUUUUGGAUGGUUUGCUGUUGCUCUUACCGGCACUCGAUAACUCUUUCGAUUCAACAAUGCAGGUGGUAUUCUAUUUUACAUGCCCGCCGACCCUGACCUACCGCGAGGCUCCAAAUUAUGACUGCCCUUGCAGGGCGUAGGGUGCUGUGCUCCCUGAUACUUCCUUCUGCGAUUUCAUCAAGGAACUUACUAUUUGGAAUACUGCACACAUGAACUAUAUCCCGGAAAAUAUUUGUCCUAUGCCAUCAAUUGUCUUACAGUUUUUGAUACCUUCCAUGAUACCUCGGUUCGUUCCAUAGCAAUGGUUCAAAUAUUACUCUCGAAAUCAAUUUUCUUGACCGCAUCUUUCCAGCCCGCAUCUUCAGAUGUAUUUUAACCGGACUGGGCAUGCAACUUGAGUAUAUAUAUUACAUAAUUGCGACCUGGCCUGUACAGUUUAGCAAUUUCAAAUUCGUUCCAAAUGGAUUUCUUCUUUUCUUUACUAUAACGAGAGGUUAUGAC